UACACUACUUAAUAGAAAAUAUUGAUUUAACCAAUACAGAAAAAAGGCAUGGAAUGCAGGUCCAGAUGCACAACUGUGCAAGAAGACAAAGUUCUUGAUUUGGACUUUUUCACCUAUUAUGUUGUUUUAUUCAUUUGCACAUGUUGUGUCACUGUGUCAAUAAUAAUAAUAAUCAUCUUUCUAAAAAAAUAUGUGUGGGUUUUUGUUUGUCUACUGCUUUUACCUCCCGUGAUCCCAUGCACGCCCCACUGUGUUGCCUUUAGAAACAACAGGGAGACAGUCAGUGCCAGUGUGCCAUCAUGACUGGGAAAUUGUUUCUGUUGGGACUCCUGCUCAUCCGUGUGGCUGCAGAUACAACGAACUCUGGAAAGGGGAGAGAGCCAUCCUGCUCGAAUCUAAAUAAACUCUUGAUAUGCAACUCGAGCCAUGAGCCUUUUUGCGGGAGUGAUGGAGCAACAUACGGCAACGAGUGUAUGCUCUGCGUCCAAAGACACACUACAAAGGAGAACAUUUUGAUUGUCAAGGAUGGAAUCUGCUGACCUGUGCAUCUCAACAAUGCAAAUAAUCAAAUAAAGC